UCUUAAUGCAUCCUUCACUGCAGUAGAUGUUACUGGUAAUGGCUGAUCUGUCACACCCUGGACCACCACAAGUACAUUUUUUCUGUUUAACUGGUUUGACUGGUUGAGAGCUCUUUACGUUACCUGAUAAUGCUGCCUGUCCUCUCUAUUGAGGUGGAUCCAUUAUUAAAUGCAGUGCUUUGUUUUAUAAGGCAGCAUUGAUACUGCAGUGCAUUAUCAAGCAGUUGGAUGCAGAGAGCCAUGUUCUCAUAGCUUUUCUUUCUCUUACAGAAGGGAGCUGUACUUUUGAAGAUAUACGUCUGUAUGAUAAUGGAGAGGCCAAUCAAACAAAAGGAAUGCUUCAAAUUUGUGACGGUGUGAAAUGGACUGCUGUCUGUGACUAUCGAUGGAGGCAAGAAUAUUCGGUUGCUCUCUGCAAUAAUUUGGGUCACACUAAUCCAACACCACUGACAAUAUUAAAUAAUGGCUCGUGGUCUACAAUAAGUUAUGUUGCUAAAUAUAUCUCAUCGUACUCUACUCCUACAUGCUACAAUAACAACAAUACAAUAGUCAAUUGCUUGACAAAUUCAUCCAGCUAUGUUACGAGCUAUAAUGCACAUUACUACUGUAAUACUGUAAGAGACACACUUUAUAUCCAAUGUGACUUUGAUAUGGGUACAUGUACAAGUGGAUCCAUUCGUCUGUACAAUAAUAGGACAUCCGGCUCUAACAGCUUAAGUGGAAUGCUCCAAAUAUGUGAUAGUAAUGGACGCUGGACAGCAGUCUGUGGUUAUGGAUGGAGGUGUAGUACAUCAAAAGUAGCUUGCAAGCAGUUAGGCUACACAGGAAACAAUGUUCAAUAUAACAUUGGUGCUGGGCCAUGGACAGAUUGCAAUGAGGGAGAGAUAAGGCUAGUCAAUGGUACAAUAGACAGGGAAGGUCGUUUAGAAAUAUGCACUAAUGGAGUGUGGGGUGACUUCUGUGCUAACAGCUUCAGGAAAUCUGCAGCUCAUGUAGCCUGUAAACAAGCUGGAUAUGGAGAUGUUAAGGGAGCUAUUAUUUACACCAAUGGUGAGUUUGGAGUUGGGGAUGGUCCAGUAAUCUAUGGGAAUGUUGAGUGCUUUGGUCAUGAGAACUACAUUGCUGACUGCUCAAAAGUUGUGGCACCAAAUUUAAAUUGCUACUCUAAUGCUGGAGUUGGUCUCCUCUGUCGUGACAAUUGCAGUGAAGGGUCUAUACGACUUACAGGCGGAAAGCAUUCCUAUGAAGGAUAUGUAGAAGUUUGCGUUGAUGGAGUGUGGACUCUUGUUUCUGCUAAUGGUUGGGAUGAUGCUGAUGCUAGAGUAGUAUGCAAGCAACUCAAAGCCUAUGGCACAUCUGCUGGGGAAACAGUUGAUAAUUCGCCUUAUACAAGGUCCAACAAAGCCACAAGGUUCUCUAACGUUUAUUGUAUUGGAAAUGAAGACAUGUUGGAGGACUGCAGGCAUCACACAAUUGAGCUGGAUGAUGGAAAAAGUUAUAAUGGACCAGUAGCUGCUGUUGACUGCAAAG